AUGUCUAUCACUACUACCACUACCACAGGAGACGUGCCUUCUUUCCCUGUAACUCAAUUGACAGCCAAGGAUAUCACGAUUCAAGGUAGACAUUUCGUUGAUCCUCACGGUAGAAUCCUAAGUCUCAGAGGAGCGAAUAUUAGUGGAUCAAGUAAAGUACCAUCGAAUAAACCAAAGAUACACGAUCAUGCUCAGGUCACUUAUGUCAAUAGACCAUUCCCAUUAGAAGAAGCUGAUGAACAUUGGAAAAGACUCAAGUCAUGGGGAUUAACAUUCUUAAGGAUAACAGUCACAUGGGACGCAGUCGAACAUGAAGGACAGGGUAUAUACGAUCAAGAGUAUCUCGAUUACCUGAGAAAGUUAUUACAGAGUAUGGAGAAAUACGGUUUAGUAGCUUAUGUUGCUAUACAUCAAGAUGUAUGGUCAAGGUAUUCAGGAGGUUCCGGUGCACCAGGAUGGACACUUUGUGCAGCUGGAUUUGACCUUUCAAACGAUGGUGAUAAUCUUGCUUUGUCAGGUGCAGCUUUCUUGGAUGGUAUUAAAGGUGGUAGAUUAUCUGGUGAAAGAGGUUUAUGGCCUACCGGAUAUCAAAAGCUUGCUGCAGCUAGUAUGAACACACUCUUUUGGGGAGGUGAAACUUUCGCUCCUUCCUUGACUGUCUCCAGUAUUGCAUCCGAUGGAAAGAAGAAAAAGGUCAACAUACAAAACUAUCUCCAAGAUGCCUUCUUGUCAAUGUUUGGUAAAUUGGUGGAAGCUGUUGGCGAUGUUGAAAGUGUAAUGGGUUUCGAGCUCAUGAACGAACCUCAUCCUGGAUACAUUGGACUCUCCUCCAUACAUGAAUGGAACUACAAUACAGAUCUUCAUUUGGGUACUUUCCCUUCACCAUUACAGUCGUUCUCCAUGGGUUCAGGUCAUCCAACUUCUGGAGUUCCAGUGUAUACCAGAACUUUCCCAUUCCCCACGAAAAUCUCAAGUUACACAACAGCUAAUCCAGAAGGUGUAUCAGCAUGGAACAAACAUUCAUGUCCAUGGGAAAAAGAAGGUGUUUGGAGAUGGAGUCAAGCUAAAUCUUCAGCAAUAGCAUUACAAGAAGAUUAUUUCACCAAAAAUCGUAAAGGUGAAAAAAUCGAUUUCUAUAAUGAUUUCUAUUUCCCUUUUGUACAAAAAUGGGAACAAGUUUUGAACCAACAUCAAUCAUCAAAAGCGACAUCUAACGGAAAACAAAAAGAAGUAAUGAGAAUGGUUGAGACUAUCCCUAAUGAAUAUUGCCCAACUUGGGAUGAAGAUAAAAGACCUUCCAAUAUGGUUUACACUCCUCAUUGGUACGAUCUCAACGCUUUGUUCAAAAAGCAGUUUGGAAAUAUGACCGUCAAUGUACAAGGCUUAUCUAGGGGAAUGUUCAUCCUCAAAGCCCUAUACUUCGGUGCCAAUGGCGCAAAACUAAACUACGCCAAACAGAUCAAAAACCUUGUCCUUGAAGCUAGACUCAAGCUCGGUGCUGUACCUGUGGUCAUUGGUGAAUGUGGUGUACCCAUGGAUCUGAAUAACGAACAUGCACUGAAGACCGGAGAUUGGAAAUGGCAAGAAAGGAUGAUGGAUUCACUCAUUUCCGCUAUGGAAAGUGCGAAUGUAGGGUUCAACUUGUGGACAUAUAACCCAGCAAAUAGGGACGAUAUCGGAGAUGACUGGAACGCUGAAAACUUCUCUUGGUAUUCUGAUUACAAUCGAUCGCUUGCGCUCAAGAAAGCUGAAAAUUCAGAGGACUUUGAUGCUGGAGGAAGGCUGUUGGAUGUAAUCGUUCGUCCUUAUGCCGUGGCUACAGCUGGGACACCACUUUCUUCAUCAUACGACUCCGAAGCUGGAUUGUUCACUCAUCGCUACACUUCAUCACUGCGCAUCACGACUGAUUCACCUUCAAUCGAGGAAGUGACUGAAAUCUUCUUACCUUCAAGAGUCUACAAGCGGAUAAAUGAGGUUUCAUUCUCAGCUUCCAUAGGUGGUAAAUUGUUAUUCGAUUUAUCUAAACAGAGGGCUUUCGUAUGGUUCGAGGAUCCAAACUAUCAAGUUGAUUUAGGACCAAGAAUCAAUUUUGGAGAGAAAACAAGAACUCGUCGUGUAGACAUCUGGGUUAAAGGGAAAUCAAUCAAAAAUGAUAGUUACUCGAUUCCACAAAUCAUUUCGAUUUUGUUGUUCGUCGUGGUUGCUAUUUUGGGUGUCAGGUAUGCUCAAGAGAUUGAAUGGAACAAAGAAGAAAACGCCUUGAAACAUCAUAGAACACCUGAUAGAAGUUGGUUUAAGGCUUAA